GUGGUGGCAGAUUCGCCUUACCAAGCAGUCGGUGGGUUUGCUACAAGAUGAGUGCUGGAAAAGAUGUGGAUCAAAUUGAUACGCCGGAUUCUGUGAAAAAUACUGUUCCAAAUCAUGGAUAUUCUCUUCGUAAGGGCGACUUCGCCCAACGGCCCAUGUCCAUUAAAAAGUUUCUCGAGCCUUUCGACCACAGCAGUUUAACAAAUAAUGAGGCUGGUGAGAAAUAUGCAGCCUAUAAAGCAAGUUUCGCUCGCCAACAGUUGGAAGAGUUUUUCGAAAGGAACAAAUCGUAUGCUUGGUUCCGCGAAAAAUAUCAUCCAGAUUACCUCACAGAAUCAUCGUCCAGCAUGAAGUUGUUCCGAAGACGUUUAGAUAUUUUUAUGGAGUUUUAUAGAAAUGGUUAUUUUGACAAUCUACAUCUAGCCAGUGGUUAUGAAAGUGAAAUUGUCCGGCUGUUAGAUAUGGUUGCGAUUAAACUGGCUGGUGGGACAGAAGAGGACUUUGUUCUUUUGGACAAACUACUCGAAGAUAGAAUUUCUGAAGAUCCCAACGUGAUCAUUGAGCCAUCGACUUUUCAACAUACAGAAAAUGUCAAACCGAACGACAAUAUAGUUCAGUCAUCAGAUAUACGAGAAGGACCAUUUGAUAAGGAGAAAUUUGAUGCGAGCACUAUGAAAAAAAAGCCUAAACCAGAUUAUUGCGAUUCUUCAAAAAUCCAGAAGCGUAAAGAGUUUAGAAUUAAAAGACGUCAAAAUAAUGCAGAUGAAGAGGAGGAAGGCGAAGACAGUAGUUUAAGUGAUGAUGAAAGUAAUGAUAGUGGAACUGAUAGCGUAAACAGUCACAGUAGAGAUUCCAGUUCAAGUAAUAAUAAUAGUACUAGUGGUAGUAGCAGUAGUAGCGAUAGUAGUGACGACGAUAAUGGUAGCAGUAAUAGCAGCAACAGUAGUAGUAGUAGUACUGACGAUGAUGAUGAUGAUAAUAAUAAUAAGGAACACCAAAGGAAAGUUAGCAUAUCUAAAAGCAAUAGCAGUGAUAGCAGUGAUGGUGAGACGGUUGUAAAACACAAGAAGAAGCAUUCUAAACUUGUUAAAAAUAAGAAUGUCCAAGAAAAUUCUGGUCAUAGUGGUGACCGUCAUCGUCGCCGUCAUCACCGUCAUCAUGAUGAUAAUAAUAACAAUCACGAUAAUGUGCACAACAAAGUUAAUCCCAUUUCAACUAACCAUUUAUAUAACAAUGAUCAUAACGACCAACAGAAUAAAAGUGAUUGUUCAAAAGUAGUGCCUGAUGAAAUCAACACGAUGUCUUCUACGAAAUCACCUAAUACGACAGGGUCAAAUCAAUCGAAUGAAGUUUAUGUACUAUCAGGGUUGACAGAUCCACCUUAUGUUGCUGGUGGUGUUGUUAUUAGUGAUGAUACUCAUAAUAAUAAUAUUACUAAUGAUGGCGAAAAAUCUAUGGAUUUCGAUAAUCUAACAAUAGAGAAAUCAGCAGAUCCAAUAAAUAAAGAUGAUUUGAAGGAAUUAAUUGUCACAAAUGAACAAACUCGUCGACCCAUUCAUUAUACAACUUUACUAUUUUUUCCACAUAUUCCAUUCAAUAUAUUCAAACGAGAUUUAAUAUCUGUACUUUCCACUUGUCCACAUUUCUUACGUUUAGCUAUCUUAGAUCCUGUUAUCAUGCCGGAUACAGUGUCAUCAAUAACAGAUGAUCAAAUAUUCGGUAGGGUGAAAAAUCCUAUGCCUAAAAUUUUACUAAAACGUAUGGGAUGGGCAUCAUUUACUUCACAAUAUAUAGACGAUGUUAACAAUAAGUGGAUUAGUAUAGAUUUAAUCGCUAUAAAAAAUAAAUUAAUUGAAUACGCGGUUGAUCGUGAAGCUUCAAGUGAUUUAAUUGAGUGUUUACGUUUAUCGCGACCAAUUUUGGAUCAUUUGAAAGUACCACAUGAAGAACGUGCUCGAAAGACUGGACAUUUAUUCGAUAAGUUAUUAAGUGUAUGUCCAACUCGUAUUCGUUCAAAAGCUUUAGCACGUCGUCAUCUAGUGAUAGCAGCUCGUGUUAUUUAUGAUUUCGACAAGGCUAGAGGUUUGUGGUCAACAACAGAGUAUGAUACUAAUGAUAAUAGAAAGAAUGAUAACAAUGUGUCAGCAGAUAAAGAAAGGGGCAAAGGAGAACAUAUCAACUUGAGACGUCAUGGAGAAGUUUCCUCUAUCGUUGACGAUGGUGAAGAAGAAGGUGAAGAUGGUGGCGGUACUACUACUAGUGAACAAAAGGAGAAAAUUUAUAAAGAGACGUUGACGAUCAAUAAAUUAUCUCUUCAAAAUAACUUAAGCGAAAAUGAUAUCAAUCAUUCAAGUAAUCAAGAUCGGUCAAUGGAUAUAGAUCAAUCUCUUGAAAAUGAAGAAACAAUGGAAGAACAAAACAAUGAUUCAGAUGUGAAAGAAUCAUCUCAUCAGAAAACACAUAAGUCAUCAUCAUUACAAGACAGUAAAAAUUCUAGUGACGUAUCUAUGCUUUCAGAUGAUGAGAAACAAAGUGAUUUUAUUGAUCCUGGUGACGACUUAAUAAAGGCGGCAAAUAUAUUAAAUAGUAUAAAAACAAUAAAUCCUCUUCUGCAGGGUUUAACUGAUUAUCUUGUCGACGAGGGAAAUGCUGAAGAAGAACUUCUUUUACUAGGGGGUAUGCAAUCUAUUUCAUUUCAACCAUCUUCAAUAACAAAAGGAACAUUAAUGAAUAAUUCACAAAUGAUUAAUUUACACUCAUCAUUACAAUUACAACAACUUGAUAUAUCUUCACGAUUCUGUGAAUCAGAUGAUAGUGAAUUAUUAGUUGUAUUGGAUCGUUUAAUUUUAUAUUUAAGAAUAGUACAUUCAGUAGAUUUUUAUGCACCUGCAUUUUAUAUGAAUGAAGAUUUAAUGCCACAUCCAUGUCGUCUUAUACAUAUUCGACCGGGUUUAAAUGAAAUAACCAAAGCUUUAACACAAGUUAAAAGUCCAGAGAAGUUAAUCAAUUCAGAAUCAGUUGAUCAUUUAUUUGCCAGUCAAAUAAAACGUUUAGUACGACUCAUUACUCCGCUCACAGAAAAUGAUUGUAAAGGUUUGGGUUAUAGAAAUGCAGAUGAUGUUGUGGAAGAAUUCAUAAAAUUGAAUACACGUCGGAAAAAACGAAAGGCGUAUGUGUAAAGCUUAUACAAAUAUGUAUUGUUAUUAUUAAUUAUUUACUAUGAAGUAGGUUUUUUAUUAUUUGAUGGGCUGAAUUUUCGGUUGUUAAAAGGAGACAAAGUAUGCUAAUGGGUAGAUGUUAUACAAUGUAGUGCGAUGUGACCGAGUGAUAAAUACUCACGAGAUCAAAUUAUUUGCUUAUUCCUCUUAAUUGGACUGCAUUUAGAAAACAAGAUAACUACCCAAAAGAAUAGGUUUUCUUUCCUAACGAAAUGUUGCGGCUAUUGAACACAAAAAUAAACAUGACAAGAGGUCAUUUAAUAAGUAAACGAUUAGAAGAUAUAGUAAGUAUGGGUCUCCCACUCUCAAUUAGAAUCAAAGUUUAACUAUCAAUCUUAAUUCUUGCCCUACUGUAUCAUCAUUAUGGUCAGUACAUACAUAGUAAAAAUUUGCGACAAAUAACAGAAUAUUCAUUCUGCAGAAUCUAUCGUAAAAAUGAAUUUCCUUUAACAGAUUAAAAUUGGGCUUUCAAAGUUUUCUCAAUAAUUAGCUUUGUUAUCUAGAACAAAAUAUCCAUGAAAACUAAACAGGUAUUAGUUCUGGUAUCAGUUAUACAUAUGUAUUAAAAGCUAGUCACCAAUGAGAACACGCUUAUUCCUUACAAAUGAAAAUUAAGUUAUUCUUCACGAGGUUAUUCUAACUGAUGCCAAUUCAUGACAAAAACAAUUUUCAAGCUACAAAAUUUUUAGUAAACUAUUUAAGUAAUUGAAACUUAUGGUCUGUAAUCAUAGUGGAGCAAUAGCUUAGUGGUUGAGAUGUUUGACUUUCAGCCACUAAGUCGCGGAACCAAACUUUGUCCCGCCUAAUAUAGCUUGAGCCACCCGGUAGUAUCACACCAAGUGUAGCUCGAAGCCAAAUACAGAAAUCUCUACCUCGAAAACGAAUUUUAAAAUCUAUGGUGAUAACUAGUUCUUUUCACCCAGUGUAUGUGUCAAAGUUUUGUAGGUCAGUUACUGUAAUAUUUAUUCAUUUAAUUUUUUAUAUUAUUUAAGCGAUGUGAUAUGGGUUUGCCCAUUGUCAAAUAAGAAGUUCCGAGAUCCAAUCUACGUUAAGAAACAUAUUCUCAAUAAACAUAUGGAAAAGGUUGAAGCUGCCAAGAAAGAUAAUGCCUACUUUUUCAACAACUAUCUUAUGGAUCCUGCCCGACCCCAGUUGCCUCCUGAGCCAAGAUCUCCUAGAAGGCGAUCUCAGUCACCCUCACCAUCUCGUCGAACUGCUAGAGAAUCAAGUCAUCUAGCUAAUGAAACCAGUGAACGAGAACGUUCUAAUUCUUGGGCACAAGGAUCAAAUAACUUCCAGUCACAAAGAUGGCAGCAGUAUGGACGCAAUCGCAAUGAAGGUGGAAAUAUGGGAGGGAAUUAUGGACGGGAUAAUAUACACAGUAACUUACCAUUCUACCCUCGACCAUAUGGUCGGCAACAGUAUUCGAAUUUCCGAAUUCCAUAUGGUGGUAGCAAUCAACGUAGUUAUUAUAAUGGUCCACGAACUGGUGGAUAUAACUUUAAUCGACGUGGCUAUCCAAGACGGUCGUAUGUUGAUUUGGAUGCGCCUUGAAUGAAUGUCUCAUUUUAUUUGUAUGCAUUAGAUAAUGACAAAUUUUGUUGUUUCCAGUCAGCAAUAAUCUCUAUGUAUUUUGUAUAUAAUUCAUAUCAAGGAAAACAGCAACUAAACCCAACACUUAUCUUUUGUACUCAUAACUACACUACUACUAUUCCUCGUAAAAUAAAUAAAAUUGAAAAAAUUGAA